AUGCUUUUGCCACAUAUUUUGUUGGUCAUAGGCCUGUGUUUAUCAGCAUCACAAGGCCAUAGGAUACGCCAUGAAGUCCGCAAUUUUCCUGAUCAUUUUCUCUUCGGAACAGCAACGGCAUCGUACCAAAUUGAAGGUGCAUGGAAUGUAGACGGUAAAAGUGAAAACAUAUGGGAUCAUUUGAGUCAUCAAACACCAUGUGUUAUUGAAAACUGUGAUACUGGUGAUGUUGCAGAUAAUUCAUAUUAUUUAUAUAAAAGGGACGUAGAAAUGCUACAAGAGCUCGGAGUUGAUUUCUAUAGAUUCUCCAUUUCCUGGACGAGAAUUUUCCCAACUGGAUUCACCGAUAAAAUUAAUGAGGCUGGUGUCCAAUAUUACAACAAUUUGAUAGAUGAGCUACUGAAAAACGGAAUAACUCCAAUGGUAACAUUAUUCCAUUGGGACCUGCCCCAAAACUUGCAACAACUUGGUGGCUGGGCCAAUCCGCACAUUGUGGAGUGGUUUGGAGAUUAUGCUAAAGUAGCUUUUGAAUUAUUCGGGGACAGGGUGAAAUAUUGGAUAACUAUAAAUGAACCGUAUCAAAUUUGCCACAUGGGAUACGGAGAGAAGGAAUUGGCCCCCUUGCUUGAUAGCAAAGGUUUUGGGGAGUACCUUUGUGCGAAAUAUUUAUUAUUGGGACACGCUAAAGCAUAUCACACUUACAAUAAUGAAUUCAGACAACAUCAACGUGGAGAAAUAUUUAUAACUCUGAGUGCUCAGUGGUUUGAGCCUGAUGGCGAAGAUAAUGUUGAAGCAGCGAACGACAGUAAUGAAUUUAAUUGGGGCCAUUACGCCCAUCCAAUAUUUUCGGCAACCGGAGACUAUCCUCCUGUAAUGAAAGAGAGAAUAGCGGCCAGAAGUUUCGAGCAGGGUUUCCAAAGGUCCAGGUUGCCUGAAUUCACCGCCGAGGAAAUUGAAUAUGUACGAGGAACAUCAGAUUACUUUGGCCUCAACCAUUACUCUGCCUUAUACGCAUACAGAAAUAGUUCAGUGGAAGGAUAUCACGCAAGUCCAUCAAUAUUUGACGACGUUGGUGUUAUAACGUACAACAAGGAUUCUGGAGAAGGAAUCGUGGGCUCCCCAUGGGCAUUUUACAAACUUUUGAAAUCAAUAAACGAGAUGUACGGAAACCCACCAGUAUUUAUAACUGAGAACGGUAGAGGCAAUGAUGGUGGCUUGGAAGAUGAUGAUAGAGUUACAUAUUAUAAACAGUAUAUUAGUGCUAUGUUGGAUGCCAUGGAAGAAGGUUGUGAUGUACGUGGCUAUACCACAUGGAGCCUUAUGGAUAACUUCGAGUGGUUGAAGGGAUAUUCAGUCAGAUUCGGGCUAUACCAAGUGGAUAUGAGCAGUCCUGAGCGCACGCGCACUCCGCGAAAAUCAGCAUUUGUGUACAAAGAAAUUUUGCGAUCUAGGCGCCUAGAUAUUCACUAUGAACCUAAUUUUAUUAUACAUUAA